UGGUGUCAUAUUGAUGUGCAUCGUGCGUUCAUGUGCGUUGCAAAUGGUGGAAGUAUCAUGUAUUAAUUUCCUUCUACAUAUAUUGUUUUAAGAUAAAUUAAUGCGCAAUGGCCACAUCAAAGACUACCAAUACAUAUAAUAGACAAAAUUGGGAGGAUGCGGAAUUUCCGAUUCUGUGCCAGACGUGUUUAGGGGACAAUCCAUACAUUCGUAUGACGAAAGAGAAAUAUGGAAAGGAAUGCAAGAUAUGCAUGCGACCAUUUACAGUGUUUAGAUGGUGUCCAGGAGCGAGGAUGAGAUUUAAGAAGACUGAAGUCUGUCAGACGUGCAGUCGAUUGAAGAAUGUCUGUCAAACAUGUUUGUUGGAUUUAGAAUACGGUUUGCCUAUUCAAGUUCGCGAUGCUGCUUUAAAAAUCAAGGAUGAUUUACCACGUUCGGAUGUAAAUAAGGAAUACUAUGUACAAAACAUAGACAACGAAAUUGGAAAGAUUGAUCCGACAACACCUGCUGGUGCCGUUGGCAAAUCUGCCGCGGCAAGUGAUCUGCUGAUGAAAUUAGCUAGGACGAGUCCUUAUUAUAAGAGAAACAGGCCACACAUUUGCUCAUUUUGGGUGAAAGGUGAAUGUAAGAGAGGCGAGGAAUGUCCUUAUCGACACGAGAAGCCAACGGAUCCUGAUGACCCAUUGGCAGAUCAGAAUAUAAAAGAUCGUUACUAUGGUGUGAAUGAUCCAGUGGCGGAUAAACUGAUGCGCAGGGCAGCAGCGAUGCCUAAGCUAGAUCCACCCGAGGAUAAAUCCAUCACAACGUUAUACAUUGGUAAUCUGGGUGAUGUACUGACAGAGAAACAGCUGCGCGAUCAUUUUUAUCAGUAUGGCGAGAUCCGUUCGGUAACCAUGGUGCCGCGUCAGCAAUGUGCCUUCAUCCAGUAUACACAGAGAAGCGCCGCCGAGGCAGCAGCAGAAAGGACGUUCAACAAGCUGAUAUUAGGUGGAAGGCGGCUCACAAUAAAAUGGGGCCGUUCACAAGGAAGGCAGACGAUGUCUGCGGCAGAAGCGACGAGAGAGAUUCUCGAACCUGUUCCAGGAUUACCUGGCGCGUUACCGCCACCACCGGAAAGCAUGGGUAACAACUUCUUCAAUCUGCAAACUACUCCCGGCAUGAUGCCGCCAAUGAUGAUCCCACCGCCACCAGUCGCCCCUCAGUUUAUGUUCCCACCGCAAAUGGCAACUGCCGCUGCGGCACCAAUUUUCCCUCCAGGAACAACUCCCAUUCAUUAUCCGAGCCAAGAUCCGUCCAGGAUGGGUGCGUCACAAGGUAUAGGCAAACCUUGGCCAGAGGAGUAAGAUAAUAACGUUAUGUGAACUUUUUAUGUAUUGUAACAACUCUUGGGAGUUAAAAAUAUAUGAUUUUUCUUUAUGUAUUAACUUUUGUAUACGAUUGAUUCUCAUGUAUUUCAUCAAAUAUCUAAAUAUCUACAAUAAACGUCGAAAUAUCUGC